AUGAUCUCCGUUCAUAAACUCCUUCUCAGCUCGACUUCAGGCGAUGUUCCUUUGUACCUGAAACGUUUCACAUGGCCCAACCUGCCAUACCAAGCUGAUACCGGAAACGGACCACGUGGCACACAACAAGGUUACAACAGGUGCAAUGCAACGACCCAGAAUCAGGACUCUAUGUGCCAGACCACCUUUAUGAACUCGAUCCAAGAUAAGUAUUUCCCCCACUCAAUUGUUGGAAACAUCGAAGGAGAAAUGGUGGCUUACUGCACUACCAAGAAGUUUGGUACUAGACUGAUUCCUGCUGGAGCGAUCACUGGACUCCAAGUUACUCGAACACCUGGAUACAUCCAAGCCGUUGGAUUCAUCCAACAGACCGCCCUCAACCUUCAAGCCAACGACACUGGAGGUGAAGAAGACCCCCACGGGGCCGACCAGCGAGGAAAUCCAUUGGGCGCGUUGAUGUACUCCAGCGCGUUCAACACGCCCGGAGGACCUGCUUAUACCCAAGUGAUCGAGUGGAGUUAUUUCAUCGGAGCUGGCGUCUUCUGCUACAAGGCUUGUGACCCCGCUGGCCCCAAUGCUGCCCAACUUUGCCAACACAUCUACGACCGAAUUGGAUGUACAUACAACGCACCCGCUCACUACGAGUCGAUCAAUGGAACGUUUACAUCUUGCCAGGGUGAAAACCAACUGCCUGCCGGUACUUACGUCGAAAACGGGGUCACCAAGACUUACCAACAGCCCCCGGAGUCACUCGGCCCAAUCACCUCGAUCCCAUAUAAGGCGGCCAUCCCAGCUGUCUCCAACUGCCAAACGUUCACUGACACCAAGGCCCUAUGGCCCGACCUUCCCCAACUGACUGCCCCCUCCACUGCCCCAACUCAAGGAAAGGGCUCUAAUGCAGCAAGUGGCGGCAAGUCUUCGUCCUCGUCCUCGUCUUCUUCGCCUGCUGGUAGCAACGCCCCCGGAAGCACCGCCGCUGCCGUGGUCCUCUCGUCUGUCACCCUCUUUGGAUGUGCUGUCCUUGCGACUGCCAUGGUCCUUUAA